GAGAAUACCUGCGCAUUCUUUUCGCUCCGCCCGUUGUUACUGAACAGCCAUCGGGACUUCAGAAUCGAGAAUCACUCCAUCACCAAUCACUGGACAAUCAAUUACCAAUCAUCAGUCAAUCACCACCAGCACCAAUAUCCCAUGCCCAUCAUCUACGACCAAGAACCUCGCUUUCCCGCUUUUGCUUCCUCCAUUUCGGUUCCAAUUGUGCACCUCCCACCCGUCUGCUUUGUGUAAGUCAAACCAUUCGAGUACUGGGAGGAGUGCAUACAUAGCAGACAUCGACAAUCCAACAAAUCGCAGAAGAAUAAAGAGUGUGAGAGUGUAAGACGAUCCGAAAAAAGAAAUCGAAAUCCACUUUGUCACCAAGGUCCCACAGAAAGAGACGGCAACACUGGGAUUAGGAGGAUUCAGAUCAGAAAAAAGUCUAAGACAUUUCGAAAUACCGAGAAUUUGGCAACAAACAGGAAGAGAGAGAGAAAAAGCGUGAGAGGCCAGAACCAAAAAAAGCGACAAGGACCUAUUGAUUCACACAUCUAUUGAUCUCGUUCUAAUAAUAUGGCUUUAAUUGUAAGAUAAAUUAUUCAUUCACACCCUCACACCCUCACACUCUCACACCCUCAAAUUUUCAUCUUCUACAAUUGUUUUAUGGUCGCAGUCGCAUUCGCAUCCGCAUCAUCUUCACACCCCUUCGCGCCUCUAUUCUUUCUCAAUGCUGCGCCCGUGUUUGCGUUUUGGACGGACGGGCGCACGAUACAGUUGUUUCCGUGGACGACAUGCGACUGGUUCGCAAUAAUAAUGAGGGUGUUUGGGGGGUUUCGAUCAGGCAAUCAUGGAACCUUGUAACUGACCUUGUGUUCUCUACCAUAGUUAUGUCUCGCGCAUUAUUGCGACACUCAUGGUCCAACCCCAGUCAUGGUAACAGAAGCACUUCCAGUAGGUUGUACUUCGUGUCCAGAAAAAGAAGAACCCAUUCCUCGGAGGCCUAGUACGAGUAAAUCGUUCAAAUCCUCGGAUCCUUCUUCAAACAUAAACGCGCAUACUUCACAUAGAACGAACUCAAUUGUUUCCGAGCCAGACGUUGCGGCGAGCCGGCCAGCUCUUCAUGUAAACUCAAGUCCCUCGAAUGCGCCGAACACAGCGGGUUCUGCGGGUGAAACGCCCCCCCAAAGUCCUAGAGCACCUGCUUUGCAAAACACACAAAACACGACAAACCAAUUGCGACGCGAUUCGAGCUUUCGCAAAACAUAUCCAAGUGAGAAGCCAGGUCCAUGCGAAAAUUGCGCUCUUACUUUACCCAAGAAGACCAAGGAGGAGAUACCCACAAGUCCUAAACCUUCGGGGACUGGCAAACUCGAUAAUGGUCCGAUCUUGCGAACAAGGAAGCCUUAUGAGCGCAUUGCAGGUCAGAGUACCCCUCCCAAGUCUGCAUCCUCAGAUUCGGACGAUUCGGAAUGCGCAAUUCAGAAAGAAGAACGGGGAGAGCAACACCAGGCGCGGAGACUCUCGGUCAAAAGAUCCGACACAUCUUCCACCUAUACCACCAGAGAAUUCCUUUCGCAUAACCAUUUUGUUGACUAUACGUCAACGCAUGAACCUCUACAACCCACUUCUUUCUCCAUUAUUCGGCAAUCUUGUCUUCGUACUCUUUCUUGUGAAACCCUCCCACCGUCAUCAAAUCCCACGCCUAAUUCCACACCCUCCUCUCCUUUUAUCUCCAGUUUCUCCUCCCACCUCACAUCUUCCACAACUACCUCAUCAGCUGGUCCAAUUUUCUUUGGCGACCCAAUGGCUGGCUACACAACCGCAUACAUAUUCCGCAUUCCUGACCCCUCUGCUCGUGGUCGUCGUCGAGUCUAUGCUUUAAUCGCCCUCUCCACCCAAAAAGAGCGGAUGGCCAUGCGCACCUUUUCUUUCCUCGACGCUGCCUUCCGCGAACUCGCAGAUUGGAUCGCACGUCUCGCUGAUGAAGAACUCGCACGUUCUGAAUCAGCACUCCAAUCUCCUAGAGCUGGCGAUGAGAAAAACGGCAAUGGAAUCAGCGGCGGCCCGUUUGGAGGUGGUGGUACGACAACCACACCUACUUCAUCUUUCUUAAGAGGUGGCAAUAGAGGACCGGAUAGCAGAAUGGCUGGUGCGAGUUUGAAAGGAAGAGGUUUAGCUGAGUUGGUGGGACUGCCUGAUUUUUUUAUCGAGUUGCAUAGCAGGUUUGUGAGAUUGUUGGCGGAGAUUGAAAGACCGAGAUAAAACCUUGCCUGAUUCGUGAACCUUCGAUCUUAAGUCCCACACUCGAAAGUACCGAGGCGAGUGGAAAACAAGUAUUGCCUCCUAACUUUGGCACUUGCAAAGGAAAAGGUGUGGCGUUAUGACUUAUGGCGAAGCAUAGAUAUUGGCGUUUGUGAUUCUUGGUUCGUAUUAUUGCUAUAUUAUUGUGUGAGGUUCAUCUAGUGCAGAUCGGACCACAAGAUUGUUUGGAGUCUUGAGUCUUUUCCUUUACCUUUUCUUCUUGGGUUGUUUUAAUCCUUAUUUUCAUGUGGUGGGGUAAUGAGUCGAUAUGUUGAGGAUGUGUAUUUUAUGAGAUGAUCGAUCUGGCAAAUUAUCAGCGUUUUUACAAUCAUCUCACUGAGGAAUGUCGGAAAUAUGUGGAAGAUCUAUGGGUAUGGGCGUAGCUGAUGAGCUGGAGAUUAGAACAGGAGAUUGUAGGAUGUACGGGUGUAUGAGAAAUGAGUAGUAAGAUGGUAAUUUUUGUCGUUAUAUGUAUUUGAGAUUGAUUUUGAUCUUCAAAGGCGCACUUUCAGGCAAGCGAAACAUAUUGAUACCAUGUGUCGUGGUGGGUUGCGAAAUUGUUGAAGCUGUAUAAAUUUGUUGCAUUGGUAUAUAUUUAUGGAAGUAAUAGAAAGUUGUGCGACUUCUAGCGAGCGCGACUUUUCCGGGGAACAUGGAAUAUGAGGAAAUCGAAGAGACUGAUGGAGAAGAAAUGGGGUCUGAAGCGAGGUUUACUUAUGUUGUUUAGUAGGUAGUAAUUAGUUGGUAAUGCGUGAAGUAUAAUAUUUAGAGCAAAUAGAAUUUUGCUACCGCUCUUUCUUUUGUUAUAUUGAAGAGAUUUUUGGAGAAACAAAAUUUACA